AUGGCUGUCGACGCAAUGAGUGAUCCGCCAUCCGUCGGCGUCAUCUUAGAGCGACUUCGAGGACUGUUGCAACGCGCCAGAGAAAUCAAAUCAGUCGAAACCAUCGAUCCUCCUCUACCCGUCGCAGAUCUGGCACAGGGUGUUUCUUCAAUUGGCAAGGAUGUCUUUGGCUCACAGCCUGAUGCGCACAAGUUCACAGUCGUCGAGACGGCCGCAAGGAAGAUUUUCUACGAAACCAUUCAAUCAACUGAUAUCAGAACUCCUGGAUUCGUUCGUAUGUGGGACUUUCUGGAUCUUCUACUACUCUGCGGCGAACUUGGACAGUGCGAACCUAUUCUUGCUUUCUGGCUCGUCGAAGAACUCCUUGACAGUCAGACCACCGAAGGCUGCCGGAUAGUUUUCGAUUAUCUGGAGUCGAGACGUGAAAGACUCAUCCAAAAGGACUUCCACAAGACCCAUCUUGCUCUCCUUCGCUCGUGUAAUGAACUGCUACGCCGACUUUCCAGAGCCGAAGAUGCCGUCUUCUGCGGACGUGUUUUCUUCUUCUUAUUCCAAACUUUCCCUCUCGGCGACAAAAGUUCCGUCAAUUUGCGCGGUGAAUUUCACACAGAGAAUGUCACUGUCUUCGAAAAGGAACCUUCGCUUGAUGCCGAGGUGACAGAACCCAUGGAUGUUGUAAUGGGAGGAGACGCCGCAGAUGAAUCGCAACGUAAAGACGCCGACGACACGAACGAUAUCCCUACAAACAAGGAACACACAAAGGCUCUCAUCGAAAAGAAAGGCGACGAGGUCAAGGACGAGAAUUCGGAGUUCUAUCCUAUCUUCUGGAGGUUACAGCAUGACUUCUCGAAUCCGACACGACUCUUCGAAGACGAAAACUUCAGUCCUUUCAAGGAUGGCAUCGAGAAGACUUUGGCCAAGUUCAAGAAAACACCAGUAGUCGCACAGACAAAGAACGCCGGAGAUGCUCAACGUGGCAUCAAACGUAAACUCGGUGACGAGACAGGUGACCAAUACGCAAGCAACUACAACCCAAAAUACUUGACCAGUCGCGACCUGUUCGAACUCGAGCUGAGUGAUCUGGCAUUCCAACGCCACAUUCUGGUUCAAGGCCUGAUUCUCAUCGACUUCUUGCUUUCGCUUACCGACAAAGCAAAGAAGAAGUGGGCGGACGUCGAGAAGGCCAACCCCAAGUCAGCAAACAGGGGUCUUCUGUACGGCUUCACAUUGAACGAGGAAAAUGAGAAAUGGGUAACCUCGACACGGUCCAAGAUUGCCGGUUAUCUGCAGGAAGGACCAGAAGGCAAGUUUUACUACCGUAUGGUCGACACUGUGCUUUCCCGCGAUAAGAACUGGGUGAGAUGGAAAUUGGAGAGCUGUCCGCCAAUCGUCAAAGAUGCUGUUACUCCAGAGGAGAACGCACAAGCGAAGUCUGGUGCUCGGCAAGCGACCGCCAAUAGGCGUCUCAAGGCAAAACAAAUGGGGGCUAUCGACGUGACUUUCCUCGCAGAGGUGGACAAUGCCAAGGGGCUCGAAGCUUUGAAGGACGCUUCAAGAUUCACGGCUCCGUCACCCGAGAAGCUCGUCAAGGGAAUUGAAGGAGACGACCUGGAUCUAGAAAUGGCCAUGACGGACGAAGAGAAGAACUCGUUGGAGGCUGCCAAGCAGAGCAAGACCUGGCGCGCGCUGCGGGCUGCAUCCAGAACAUCACUGGCGCUGUUAGACAAGGUGGAUCCCUCCACACGCCUGCCGGCCUUGUUCAAGCAGGAAGAGAACCAGGAAGAGACUGCCGCUCACGACCCAACAUCUGCACCCGAGAACGACAGUGGGUGA